UUCUAAAUAAAACAUAUGCCUCAAAUCUGUCUUCAGCCACACCUGCAGUAUUGGGCAAUAGGGCAAAAGUUUCUCACUCCACCUACUCACGAAAUCUCUGCAAUCCCUCCCCCAUUCGACCACAUAAAAGGAACGAGGGUCGUGUUCACUUCACUCAUCCGCUCAUUCACUCAUUCUCCAGCCAAAGCAGAGAACAGCAGAAAGAUGUCUUCUUACUCCAGCCGCACCUUCUCUCGCUCCUCUUUGUCCAGUGGUGGAGGUGGCCGAAUGUCGACCAUGGGUAGCGGAAGCGUGUAUGGUGGUGCUGGAGGAUCUGGAGUUCGUAUCUCCAGUGCUUCUGCUUCACGUUCCUUUGCUGCAGGUGGUGGAUCAGCUGGUGGCUUUAACCUGUCUGAUGCCCUUGAUGUGUCUACAAAUGAGAAAGCCACCAUGCAAAACCUCAAUGACCGUCUAGCCACCUACUUGGAGAGGGUACGAUCUCUCGAGAAGGCUAACGCUGAGUUUGAGCUGAAGAUCCGCCAGUUCCUGGAGAGCAAGACUACACCCGGGGCUCGUGACUACAGUGCCUACUAUGCUACUAUCAGUGAUCUCCAGGCCAAGAUUUUGCAAGCCACUAGUGUAAAUGGAGGAAUCUACCUCAGCAUUGACAAUGCCAAGCUGGCUGCAGAUGACUUCAGAGUCAAAUAUGAGAAUGAGCUGAGCAUGAGACAGUCGGUUGAGGCAGACAUUGCUGGCUUGAGGAGAGUGCUGGAUGAGUUGACAAUGUCCAGGUCUGAUCUGGAGAUGCAGAUUGAGGGUUUAAAAGAAGAGCUGAUCUUCCUCAAGAAGAACCACGAAGAGGAACUCUUGGCAGCACGUGCUCAGAUGAGCGGACAGGUUCACGUAGAGGUUGACGCAGCACCACAAGAAGAUCUAACAAAGGUUAUGGCUGAAAUCCGUGAACAUUACGAGGCUGUUGCAGCUAAGAACCGCAGAGAUCUUGAGGCUUGGUUCCAGACCAAGACUGAAGCCCUCAACAAGGAAGUAGCUGUGAGCACAGAAACCCUUCAAACGUCCAGAUCGGAAAUCACAGAAGUUAAGCGCACACUCCAGAGUCUUGAAAUCGAACUACAAUCACAACUCAGUAUGAAAGCCUCAUUAGAAGCCACUCUGGCGGACACACAGAACCGCUACUCUUCCAUGUUGACCGGCUACCAGAUGCAGGUGACCAGCCUGGAAGAGCAGCUGAUUAAGCUUCGUUCAGAUCUGGAACGUCAAAGUCAUGAAUACCAGGUCCUGCUGGAUAUCAAGACCAGACUGGAGAUUGAGAUUGCAGAAUACAGAAGACUCCUGGAUGGAGAGUCUGUCAGUACCUCUUCUACAACCACAUCCUCCUCAACUACACGUAAAGUGGUAACCAUUGUGGAGGAGGUGGUGGAUGGCAAAGUGGUGAGCUCAUCUUCUCAGGCUGUGAGCGAGACCGUGAAAAGUUAAAACCCUCUUGAGCUAAACAUUCAACUGAGUGAUCUCACAGAGUGAACCACCAAUAAACUUGUCCAAAUGUGAACCUA